AUGCUUCUCGCAUCUCAGCCGCCACCCUGCUCGAGGCAGCCUUAUUGGCAGAAGAUUCCUUUCUGGAGAGAUGUGUCUGAAGAGCAGUUCCUUAGCUACAGGUGGCAGGUUGCUAAUACAAUUCAAGGCACAUCGAAGCUCGCCGCCUUCCUUUCGAACGUUUUACCCGACAACAUACCACAUGCCUUACCCUCUAGCUCUCGUCUUGGACACAUCAAAACUCGUAACACGCUCAUCGAGGAUGUUUUGGAGGGCGUUACGAAAGCCCCAAUGUCCCUUCGGGUGACACCACAUAUCAUGAGCAUGAUAGACUGGAACAAUCCACUGGAAGAUGCAAUAUGCCGCCAGUUCUUCCCACUGGGUUCCAAUAUCUUGCCAGAUCAUCCUAUGUUGACGUUAGAUUCCCUGCACGAGGAGGCAGAUUCACCUGUUCCUGGGCUUGUGCAUCGAUAUCCUGACAAGGCGUUGUUUCUUGCGACAUCUGUUUGUCCAGUUUACUGCCGUUUCUGUACACGGUCCUAUGCCGUCGGUGCAAACACAGAUACUGUAGCGAAACAUUCACAGAAACCUUCACGGAAGCGAUGGGAAGCCGUCUUUUCCUAUAUCGAGCAUACUCCAAACAUAACCGACAUCGUCGUUUCUGGCGGAGACGCGUACUAUCUACAACCCGAACACAUUAUGGAGAUUGGAACUAGGCUCCUAUCAAUACCUCACAUUCGUCGAAUUCGGUUCGCCUCAAAGGGCCUCGCGGUCUGCCCAAGCCGAAUCCUAGAUACCACCGAUACUUGGGCCGCGGCUCUGGUUGCUUUGUGCAGUCAAGGAAGGCAGGUAGGCAAACACGUUGCGUUGCAUACCCACUUCAACCACCCGAACGAAAUCACAUGGGUCACCGAGCUUGCGGCACAAUGUCUGUUCGAAAAAGGGGUCGUGGUACGAAACCAGACUGUCUUGCUAUGUGGUGUCAAUGACAACGUGAAUACCAUGAGCUUUCUGAUCAGAAGACUCGCGGAUAUGAAUAUACAACCGUACUAUGUUUACCAAGGCGACAUGGUCCGCGGAGUAGAGGACCUCCGAACCCCUUUACAGACAAUACUUGAUCUAGAACAACACAUCCGAGGGACGAUCGCGGGUUUUAUGACUCCGUCUUUUGUUGUAGAUUUGCCAGGCGGUGGUGGUAAGAGACUUGCGGCAUCAUACCAGACCUAUGAUCGCGAAUCUGGUGUCUCGACUUUCGUGGCUCCCAGUGUCAAAGGCGGGCAAAAGGUGUACAAAUACUAUGACCCAAUUGCGGGCGACUGAGAAAUUUCUAUCUCAUCAUUAUUUCGAUGUUUCCAAGUUUACUAGAGCUUUUAUUAGUCGAGUUUAACGCUUUGUUGGCUGGUAUUCUGCACUACUUCGUAGUGUAAGGCAAUCUUGAAGUAAAAGCCGCGUUUCUUCUCUCUCUCCGGUAAUACUCUAUUUCUUCUAAAUUCUACUUCAAUCACUAGGACUCCAAUUAGCUCUUCACGGUCGCUCUGCUUGCUACGGAC